AUGGCGCCCCCAACUGGACCUCGUCGUGGUGGCUCUGCGCAAAAAACAGCCCUGCGUCCUACUCGUGGAGGAGGCAUCUCUAAGCAUCGGCCCGCUCCGAAGACUGACAUCGAUGGCGAUAUUGCUAUGGGCGGACCACCUGCUGACACAAGCAAACGAGGUUCCGGUUCGUCCGGCCGCGGGGCUCGUGCAGGUCGCGGUGGCAGGGCGACGUCAAGAAUGGCUCAGAACAUUCGGAACUAUGCCACCGAGCUUGCAGUUGGCAGCAAUGGCGCCAAGACGCAACCCAACAAGACUGUCAUAAAAAUCCUCGGUCUGAAGAACAGCAAAGCUGCAAGUAAUCCAGAUGGUGGUUUGCGCUCACUGCUCGACUUCCUGGAGCGCAAAUCUAAGGAAAAGAUUACACUUGGAAGGGGCAUCAUCGACGGCGACUAUGUCUGGCUGAAAGUCAACAAAGACGACGCGCAGCAUCUCCUAAGGCUCAACGGCUUCACCUACGCUGGUGCUACCUUGACCAUUGAGGAGACAAACGAGCCAAUGCCAGCACUGUCAUCACAAAGCAAACUGUCCCAGGCAGCUCAGGAGACAAAGCAGAAACUCACCUCUUGUCUGGCUAGGAGGUACAAUGCUGAGCAGAAGCUCCUGGAUUUGUCGGCCUUGGGAACAGACGAGACUCUGAGUAGCCUGGGCUCCUUUAACAAUCAGUCCCUUGCUGAGAAAUCCUUCAAAGCCCUGAUGCAUCUUGUUAGCAACGAGUAUAAGGACCCCGAGCAGAAGAACGAGGCAAUCCAGGCCGUAUCACUCGCUCGUAAUGAUAUCCUCGAUGUCGGCCAGGUCUACUCGUUGGCAGUAACUCUGCCUCGUCUUCGUCGUCUCGACCUUAGCGGAAAUAAUUUAGAGAACCUCUCUAAGAUCUCCAAGUGGCAACAGGAGUUCCGAUUCCUCGAGGAGCUUCAUCUCACUGGAAACCCGGUCACAACUCUCCCGAACUAUGCCACAGAAAUUAAGAAGUGGUUCCCAUCUCUCCAGAUUCUGGAUGGACAGCAAAUCCGAACCCCCCAAGAGGCGGCUGAGUCGCUCAAGUCCUCGUUCCCAACACCCCUUCCGCAGCUGCCGUCAAACGUCAGGGAUGGUGAAAACAAUGUGGCCAGCACUUUCCUCCAGGCGUUCUUCCAGCUCUGGGAUCAUGACAGACUGACCCUGAUCCCUCAGUUCUACGACUCGGAGACCACUUUCUCUGUUGUCUUUGCUACGGACUCACCCCAAGAUCCUGCAUCAUCUUCAUGUUCUAAAUUCUCGAGAAACCUCAACAUCCUUAGCCCGCGGCAUCCUUCUACCCUGCAGCGUCUCUUCGUUGGUAGUAAUCUUAUCGCCGAUCUCUGGAAGGUGCUCCCUGCCACUCGGCAUCCCAGCCUCGAUCAAACCAGCCAGUGGCUCAUCGACUGCCACACCUUCCCACACCUCGCCGACCCGACUGGCAUGGCUCCCUACGCCAUGGGUCUGAUGAUUAACGUCAACGGCCAGUGCGAAGAGGCAGACAUUUCGCAGAACCUCUACGGCACGCGCACCUUCUCGCGCUGCUUCAUUCUCGGCCCUAGCAAGCCUGGUGCUCCGCACCCUUACCGUGUCCUGAGCGAUCAGCUCACGCUGCACACUUGGAAGCCGCAGCCUGCACCGCAAGUCGGUACGGUCCCCCCUCCGGCCGUGGCGGCGCCUAUGCCGGGAGCUGUGCCCAUCCCUACUGCAACACCCGCUGUUGCUCCCGUGCCGCCAGUCAUGGGCGACGAACCGGAUGAUGCCACCAAGGCGCAGCUUAUUGCUGAGGUGUCCCGGCGCACUGGCAUGAAUGUGGAGUACUCGCAGAUGUGCUUGACGGGCGCCGCGAACUGGAACCUGGAACUUGCGCUGCAGUCCUUUGAACAGCAGAAGGCUAAUGUUCCGCCUGAGGCGUUCAUUAGCCAACCUCAGGUGUGA